AUGUCACCCUCUACCCCGCGCAUUCUCCUCCUCGGCGGGCACGGUAAAGUUUCUCUCCUGCUCACUCCCAAAAUCCUCUCUCGAUCCUGGAACCUCAUUUCCAUGAUCCGCAAUCCGGAGCACAAGUCCGAUAUCCUAGCUGCCGCCUCUCGCGCCCCCAAAAGUAGCGCCGGAAAUCUCGAGGUGCUCGUAUCCAGCAUAGAAGAUGUGAAGAACGAGAGUGACGCGAAGGAGAUUUUGGAAAAGGUGAAAGCUGAUUGGGUUAUUUGGUGUGCUGGAGCCGGCGGCAAAGGCUCCAAAGACCGCACCUACGCCAUCGAUCAGAAAGCCUGUAUCCACUUCAUCCGGGCCUCUCUCUCUACUCCCUCCAUCAGCAAAUUUCUCCUCGUCUCUGCGCUCAUAUGCCGUCGCUCGCGAGCCCCAUGGUGGAGCGAAGAAGAUUGGACAUAUGUACAGAAAGUCAACACGGAAGUUCUUCCCGAUUACUACAAAGCGAAGUUAGCGGCAGAUCAAGCAUUAGUCGUGUUGGGAGAGGAGAGAAAAGAUAUGAUGUGGAUAGAUUUGAGGCCGGGGACGCUGAGUGAUGAGGAGGAGACGGGGAAGGUGAGUUUGGGCAAGACCAGGGGACAGGGGAAGGUUACCAGAGGGGAUGUGGCGGAGGUUGCGGUGAGAUUGUUGGGGGAGGAGGGGGUCAAGAGCGGGUAUUUUGAUUUGUUGAAUGGGGAGGGAGAGGUGGGGGAAGAGGUGGAGAGGGUGCUGAAGGAGGGGGUGGAUUGUAGGGAGGGUGAGGAGUUUGAGGAUUUGAGGGGAAGUGAGUUUUUGAAGCUAUGA